AUGCCGAAGGCCGUCAAGGAGAAGCGUGCGCGCACCACGACAGAGGAGGCUGCCUCGACCGAGGCCGGUCCCUCGACUAUCACGCCCAAGCUCCCUCCUCUCUACGCCGAGGGCGACGACGAGGAAGACAACAAGAAGAAGCGCAAGUCGGCCGACGGCAGCAUCAAGAAGAAGAAGAAGAAGACGCCCGGAAUCGUGUACAUCUCCAGGAUACCGCCGGGCAUGACGCCGCACAAGGUGCGGCAUCUGAUGGAGCACUGGGGCGAGGUCGGGCGAGUGUUUGCGCAGCCGAGGGAUGCGCCCACGGGAUACAACCCGCAUCAUGAGAAGAAGAAGGAGAAGCGACACCAGUCGGCCAACUACACUGAGGCGUGGGUCGAGUACCUUGACAAGUCUAUUGCCAAGCUCGCCGCGAGCAUGAUGAACGCGCAGCCGAUCGGCGGACGGCCCGGUGACAAGUGGCGCGACGAUAUCUGGACGAUGAAAUAUCUGAGCGGGUUCAAGUGGGAGAUGCUCGGCGAGCAGGUCGCGUACGAACGCAACGUGCACCAGUCGCGCCUGCGCAACGAGAUCCAGCGCUCCAAGACGGAACAGAACGCGUACCUCAAGAACGUCGAGCUGGCGCACUCGCUCAAGAAGCGCGAGGAGAAGCGCGCCGCCAAGGCGGCCGAGGGCGAGCCCGUCCCCGCGCCCAAGGACAACAGCAAGGCGAAGCGCGCGUACAAGCAGCGCGAGGUUGUCGAUCGCGCUCACGGACUCGAGGCGAAGGGCAUGGACUCGGUUUUGGGAAACAUCUUUGGUUAG